AUGCUGGGUGUGCUGUGCUGUGCUGUGCGUGUGGUGGGGCUAAAGCGGCGUGAUCAGAGCAUAACUAACCACCGCCACAAUGAACGGCACCCCCGACACCACCCUCUACGACAUCCUGCACCUCCCCCCACCGCCACAAAAACCGAAAUCAAAAAAGCCUACCACAAAGCCGCGCUCACCUCGCACCCGGACAAGGUCCCCGAGCACGAGCGCGAGGACGCCGAACACACCUUCAAAGCCGUCUCGCAGGCCUACGAGAUCCUCUACGACGAGGACAAGCGCGCGCACUAUGACCGCUUCGGCAUGGCCGCGUUCACGCCCGGCAGCAGCGGGGGCAUGGACGGCGAGGUGGAUCUGGAGGACCUACUGAACCAGAUGUUUAUGGGCGGCGGGAUGCCGGGGAUGGGGGGCAUGGGGGGCAUGGGCGGGAUGGGCGGGAUGCCGGGGAUGGGAGGGAUGGGAGGGGGAGGGAGGAGGAAGGGGAGGGGGAAGGAUACGGUGCAGGAGUAUGAGGUGAGCUUGGAGGAUCUGUACAAAGGCAAGACCGUCAAGAUGAAGAGUACCCGCAAUGUCCUCUGCACACAAUGCAAAGGCACCGGCGGCAAGCCCAACACCAAACCCAAAAAAUGCACCACCUGCGCCGGCAAAGGCUACACCGAAUCCCUACGCCAAAUCGGCCGCGGCCUCGUCACGCAAGAAAACAGCCCCUGCGCCGCCUGCUCCUCAACCGGCCAGACCUACCGCGACCGCGACCGCUGCCGCCGCUGCAAAGGCACCUGCGUGCACGAAGAAAAGAAGGUCCUCGAACUCUACAUCCCACGCGGGAGCAAGCACGGCGACAAGAUCGUCCUUGAGGGCGAAGCCGACGAGGCGCCGGAUCAAGAGACGGGCAACAUCGUGUUCGUGCUCGACGAGAAGGAGCACGACGUUUUCGACCGCAGCGGCGCGGACCUGAGUGCGCGGCUGCGCGUGACGCUCGCGGAGGCGCUGACGGGGUUUGAGAAGGUUGUUGUGAAGCACCUAGACGGGCGGGGGGUGUUGGUGAAGCAUCCGAGGGGGAAGGUACUGAGGCCCGGACAGGUGCUGAGGGUGAAGGGGGAGGGGAUGCCGAGGAAGCGGAGUGAGGCGAGGGGGGAUCUGUAUUUGGUGGUUGAUAUAGAGUUUCCGAAGGAUGGGUGGAGCCCGGAGGUGGAGAGGAUUAGGGAGUUGUUGCCGAAGGCGGAGAAGGAGGAGAUUAAGGCGGAGCAGGUCGAUGAGGUUGAGUAUGAGGAGGCGGAUUUGGAUGAGUUCGGCGCAGAAGAAGGAGGCCAGGGCGGCGUCUGGGAGGACGACGACGAAGACGACGAGGAGGACGGGCAGCCGCAGUGUGCGCAGGCGUAG